AUGAGCCAUGGCGAUGAGGAGGCCAAGCUGCCCCAUGGGUUCGAGGUAGUGGGCAAGAGCCAGAAGGGGGUGGUGGCGCCGCCAUCAAGAGCCGGUCAAGCUAGGAGUCUCUAUGGGCUGCCGUACCACCCGGAGGGUGACACAUUCGCUGAAAAGGACGGAGUCUGGAGACACUUGGACACUUCCGAUCCUUUUCGAUGUUUGUGGAGUCACUCCAGCAGAAUGGAAUUGGAUGAGGAAAUUAAAGUAAUCGAUAGCACAGUGGCUCCUGAUGAUCAUGUCAUAUGCGCAUUAUGGCAUGGGGAGGAGUGGACUCUACUGUAG